UUUAAGUGUUUUGGAUUAUAAUGAAGGGUCAAGCUAAACGAUUCGUGGACCACAAGGGGCGGGCCCACGAAAUAGAUCUCAAGAAAAUAAAGAAAGAGAAAGAAGGAAAGGAGACAGGGACGGACGAAGUGGGAUUCCUGCAGCUGUGGCGCUACGCGACACCUGUAGAGCGGCUCGCCACAUGCCUGGGCGUGCUGGCGUCGUGGCUAUGCUCGUGCGGGCUCGUGCUAGCCGUGCUAAUAUACGGGGAGCUGACAGCCCUGUUCGUAGCGAGACACAAGGCAGCGAGGGCCACGUCACCAGCAGUGUUACACUUGUUCCACGGUGGGAGAGAAGUACCGGACGGCAACCGCUCUGAUCACAUGGACGCUCUAAUAGAAGAUUCCAUAGCGUUCGCGCUGGCCAGCGUCGCCAUCAUGGCUUGCCAGCUCCUGGCCGCCGCCGCCGCCGUCACGCUGGCCAACUGGGCCGCUGCUAGAAUGGUGUCGCGGUUACGCUACCGGUUGCUGCGCUCCGUACUUCGCCAAGAGAUGGCGUUCUUCGACACCAACACUACGCUCAACUUCGCCUCUGCGCUAACAGAGGACAUGGAUAAAUUCCGAGGAGGCGUGGGUGAGCACGUGGUGAUGACGUCAUAUCUCGCCGGCUCUGUCGUCGCGGCAGCUUCUCUCUCGCUCUACUACGGGUGGCAGCUGACUCUGGUCGGCCUAGCCAUAGUUCCUAUAGCUAUUCUAGUCGCCGCUACCGUUGCUAAGUACCAAACACGAUGUUCGGCGGAAGAAGUGGCGGCGUACGGCGCCGCGGGACGCACCGCCGAGGAGGCUCUCGCUGCCAUCAGAACUGUGCGAGCUUUGGGAGGCGAAGAGGUUGAAGUACAACGCUACAAGCGUCUCCUUGCACCAGCCAAGGCAGCCUCAUCACGGCGUGGACUCUGGGCCGGAGCGGGGUCGGGGCUGGGCUGGCUGCUGACCUACUCCCUCAAUGCCGUCGUGUUCGCGUACGGGACCACCCUGUGUGUGCGGGACAUGAACCUGCCUCCCGAGGAGCAGGAGUACCAUCCUGGGAUCAUGGUCACUGUCCUUUUCUGCACGUUCAUGGCGUCCCAGAACAUCGCGAUGUGCCACCCCCACCUGGAGCUGUUCGCGGCCGCGCGCGGCGCCGCCGGCUCGCUGUACCGCCUGCUGGAGAGGCGGUCCAGGAUCGACGCCAUGUUGGAUCGGGGGGAGAAGAUCGACAAGCUGAGGGGGGAGGUCGUGUUUGAGGAUGUCUACUUUAAUUAUCCGUCGAGGCCUGAUGUAAAGGUACUACGCGGUUUCAACCUGCGCGUGUCCCCCGGCGAGACCGUGGCCCUGGUGGGGGGCUCCGGGUGCGGGAAGUCCACAACCUUGCAGCUGCUGCAGCGGCUCUAUGAGCCGGCUGGCGGCAGCGUGAAGGUGGACGGGAGACCGUUGAAUGAGCUGAACAUCACACACUACAGGAGGAGUAUAGGCGUGGUAGGCCAGGAGCCGGUCCUGUUCGGCGGCACCAUUCGCGAGAACAUCGCCCUGGGCAUGGACUACGUCAGCGAGGCUGACAUCAUCGAGGCAGCCACCAUCGCUAACGCACAUGGCUUUAUCUCGAAACUCAAAAACGGCUACGACACAGUGAUCGGCGAGCGAGGCGCUUCGCUCUCCGGCGGACAGAAGCAGCGCGUGGCCAUCGCGCGCGCAGUCCUCCGGAAACCCGCCAUUUUGCUGCUAGACGAGCCGACUUCUGCACUGGAUCCUGCUGCUGAACGACAGGUACAAGCAGCCCUGGAUGCGGCCAGCAAAGGACGGACCACGCUUGUUGUAUCACACAGGUUAUCAACGAUAGUCAACGCAACCCGUAUAGCCUACGUGGAGCACGGAGCAGUGCUGGAGCAGGGCUCACACCGGGAGCUGUUGGAGAAGAAGGGACUCUAUUGGAAGCUGCUGCAAGAGGACAUGAGCACAGAAACCAUGGAGAAGACCUGCUCAGACGUGGAGUCGGAUGAAGACGAUGAUGUGGUCGAGGAGAGCCGGUUCAAGAGAGCGCCGAGCAUUCGCUCAUCGAGGCGAGAGUCCCUAACACCGGAGCGUAUCCUCCGCGGCAGCAUGCGGCUGGGGUCCGUGGCGGGGGCGCAUGUACCCAACGUAGCUGUGCCGGAUCUAGACCACAUUGAGGAAACAUGCGAGACUGAAGAGGAAGCAGCAGAGGCCCCAGUAUCGAGCCUGCAACUCCUCAAGCUGAACACGCCAGAAUGGCCGCUGUUGGUCGGAGGAGGGUUCGCGUCGCUCCUCGUCGGGGCCACCAUGCCGGUGUUCGCGCUUCUAUUCUCACAAAUAUACGCGAUGUUCGCGGAAUCCGACCCCAACAAGAUUCUAUCCCAGUCCCAACUGUACGCCGGUCUGUUUGCCGGUGUGGCUGCCACGUGUGGCGUCGUCACGUUUCUCCAGGCGUGGCUGUUCGGCCGCGCUGGGACCCGGCUCACUACGAGGCUUAGGGAGAACACCCUCAGAAAUUAUCUAUACCAGGAGCAGGGCUGGUUCGACCGCGCGCAGAACUCGGUGGGCGCGCUGUGCGCGCGGCUCGCCACGGACGCCGCCGCCGUGCAGGGCGCUACAGGCACCCGGCUGGGCACGGUGCUGCAGGGUAUCAGCACCAUGGCGAUCGGCGUGAGUCUGGCCAUGGCCUACUCUUGGAAGAUGACUCUUGUAUCUCUGCUCAGUGUGCCUUGCGUGAUCGGUGGAAUCUACUUGGAGGGCUACGUGAUGAAGAAAGCGGAGGUUAAAGAGAAGAAGGCGCUGGAGCAGGCGUCGAGGGUCGCCACCGAGGCCGUCUCCAACGUGCGCACCGUGCAGAGUCUCGGCGUAGAGUCCACAAUCCUGGACAAGUACCUCUCAAACCUGCAAGAAGCCAGCGCACGCGCCGGCCGCGCCUCGCUCCUGCGCGGUCCCGUCUACGGACUCUGUCUCUGCGCCCCUACGCUUGGAUACGCUGUGUCUCUGUCUUAUGGAGGAUAUCUUAUUGCGAGAGAAGACUUGCCCUACGCUUAUGCUAUACUGGUAUCAGAAGCGCUGAUCUACGGCGCCUGGAUGUUGGCGGAGGCGCUGUCAUUUGCGCCGAACUUCGCGGCGGCGCGGCGCUCCGGCGCGCGGAUCCUGAGGGCCUUACAACGCACGCCGAGGGUCAUCACCGAGGGAACCGCCACUGAAAUACCAGACUGGACGGCGUCUGGCGACAUCACGAUCAAAGACGUGCACUUCACGUACCCGACGCGGCCCGGGGUGCCCGUGCUGCGCGGCCUGUCGCUCACGCUGCCGGCCGGCAAGCGGCUGGCGCUGGUCGGCACCUCCGGCUCAGGGAAGAGUACCAUCGUGGCGUUGCUGCUGAGGAGUUAUGAUGCCGACAGCGGGAACAUGUUGCUCGACGGCGCCGACAUCCGCCGCACGCUGACGCUCCGCCAGCUGCGCUCGCAGCUCGGGCUCGUGCAGCAGGAGCCCGCGCUGUUCGAGCGCAGCAUCCGCGAGAACAUAGCCUACGGAGACGUCAGCCGGAAGGUGUCCAUGGAUGAGAUCAUACACGCCGCUGAGCAGGCCAACGUGCACAGCUUUAUCGCCAGUUUACCUCAGGGCUACGAGACCCGACUGGGCCAGGGCGGCGCGUCGCUGUCCGGCGGCCAGAAGCAGCGCAUCGCCAUCGCCCGCGCGCUGGUGCGGCGCCCGAGAGUUCUGCUACUCGACGAGGCUACAUCCGCACUAGAUGCUAACAGUGAAAAGACGGUACAGGCAGCGCUGGAGGCGGCGUCAGAGGGCCGGACAACCAUCACCAUCGCGCACAGACUAGCCACGGUCAGGAACCACGACCUCAUCGCUGUUGUUGACAAAGGAGUGGUGGCAGAGAUCGGCAGCCACGACGAGCUGGCCCACAAGCGAGGCCUGUACUGGGAGCUGCUACAGCAGCAGGGGCCGUGCUGAGCCGCCAUCUUGGCAAGCCGCCAUCUUGUGGAGCCACCAUCUUGUGAUUGUGUUCAACGUUUUAGUUAUUGAUUGAUUAGUCAUCUCAUUUUCAUGGCAGCGUUGAUACCUACGCUAACCCUACAUGUGGUAUUGUAGGUCAGAAACAAAAUAAGUUUUUAACUUAAUAUUGCAUUUUUCCCUAACCCUUUACUGUAUGGAUUAAAAGAUAUUUGCUUAAAUUUGAACUUUAAUAGCUGUCAAUAGAGUUGAAUAUCAUAUCAGCCAUAUAUGGCCCCGUAUGCGGUAAGGGGCUAACCAAGGUCUUUUAUAAAAACUUUAAUUACUUAUCUCCCUCGAUGUUGAUAGAAAAUGUUCCUUUUACUACGCUACCAUGAAAAUGAAAUCGAAUUGGUAUCACUUUUCCUAUUAUGACGAAAUAAUCGUUAAUCGCUUAGGUCCUAAGGAAACAAUCAUGCUGCCUUACAAUGAUCAGAGGCAGAUGAUUUGUAGAUAUUUUGUAGUUGAUGUACCUGCCUGGGUACUUUCCGUGACAUAUACCUACUUAAGUAGAUACCUAUAUACAGGAUGGCUAAAAAUAACUGCAUUCCCGUUGCCAGGGAGGUUUUGAGAUUAUACUGGCUAAAAAAAAUUGCUGUUUCAUACAUUUUGGCUGGUCCAUUUUCUAUGGGAGGGUAAAUUUUUUUUCGCGAUUUCUGGGUUGGUCCCAUAGUAAAAGUUGCUCAGUAUAAUCCCAAAACCUCCCUGGUAACGGGAAUGCAGUUAUUUUUAGCCACCGUGGAUAGUUUAGAUAGCAUCAUAUUUAAUUUUAGCUUAAGGACUAUAUUUGUAUGCAAUUCAUACUAUUAUUUUGAUUAUGUUAGUAAUUGAAAUAAAACGGAUGUUUCAAGAAAAGUUGCGAAAAAAAGAAAAAGAGCCAGAAUCUCAGAAUCUUUUUUUUUCCUCGGAUUUCAAUAACAAUUGGUCAUUAUGAAAAGCUCCUUUCUGGACAAAAUAAACACGAAAUCCCAAUUUUGGACAAAAGAAUGUAGUUUUUCGUUCCUAAAUUUAACCUACUCAAGGUCAAUGUGGCUAAUUCCGUCAUAGGGACUAUUCCGUCUACGCUUAUAUUGUACCAGGAUAGGGAACUCUAUCUAUUGCACCAAAUUUUAUCGAAAUUAAGCGAAAAAAACGACACAAAUCUUCAUUGAAUAUGUUUUUUUUAUACAAGUUGAAUGAAUGAUAGUAUUAAUAAUUAACUAUUUAUUAUUAACAGGUGAUGUAUUGUGCCUUUUUCAGGCGAAAACCAAACUUUUGUUAGGUACCUACUAGUUAAAAUAAUAGGGAGUAUUACUGCAAUGUUCUGUCGCCAGAGUGCAGCACUAGUGCACAUAGUAAACCAUAGGGUAACUUAUACAUACUAGGCCUUAAAUAGUUUUUUGACAAGUUUUCACUAUGACAUUGAUGCAUCAAGGCGGUUUGUUUACAGGUGG